UGGUAGCUGCGUGUAAUCUUUGUAUAGGCGCUUCAGUAUCAGCCUGUAGUUUGUGGGCGAGGGUACAGUAAGCGCGCGAGGCUCUGACACCAGCAGUGUGAGGAGUUUCACUCAGGGCGCGUCUCAAACCGCUCCCUGCUCCCUAGCAGAUUGAACUAAAUAUAUAACAGAACAAGGGCACUGUGGGCUCUACAAGUAAAUAAUGUAAUUUAGUUAAACUGUCCGCUGAAACCUGUGACUGAAUAAACGUGGCUUUAUAUAAGAGUUAUAAUGCCAAGGUCGCAUUCAUAACUGCUGUUUCAUAAUCUAUAAAGCUAACAAGUGCACUUCUUAGGGAGGAAGGAGUCAUUUGAGAUCAAGCCUUUAGCUGUGAGUCUAGUUCAGUGCUGUUCACGUUGAAGGACUACUAUGUGUACUAAGUGUUUUGUCUGUAAAUUGUCUGUUACCGGAGCGGAUAUCUGUGUGUAGUUUAGCUGCUGAUCUCGACUGCUGCCCAGCCCUUUUUCUACACACUUGAUUGCCAGCGCUGCUCCAACCUGAACAUGUUUGCUUUCGGAUCUCCUGCCUUCCGUCUGACGUCUUGGACUGUCUUCAGGUCUUCACUCCAAGCCAGACGCACUCCAGAUUUACUCUAUCACAUUCCAAGGACAUACUGCUGCUCCACAACUGUACUGCCCUCACAAAAGUAUCAGAUACACUUAGGACGCCACCUGUAUGAACGCCCUCAUGUGUGCUGCAGUAAUCAGCAGCGUUUUACCUCUUCUCAAGGCUCUAACCAACCACCACAGCGUGGCUCCUCAGCCCAAAUGAAACUGAAAUACCGUCUGGCUGUGACUCUGCUGUUUGGUGGUGGGUUCAUGGGGAUCUGGUGGUACGUGCAUCGGGAAAAGCAGCAGAAGUUGCACAUGCAGCGUAUAGAGCAACUAAAGAAGGUGGCUGUGGGCCAGGGAGACUUCUCUCUGACUGACCACACAGGGAAGCGCAGAUCCAAAAAGGACUACAGGGGCAGUUGGGUGCUCAUGUACUUCGGCUUCACACACUGUCCAGAUAUCUGCCCUGAGGAGCUGGAAAAAAUGGCCAGCGUAGUGAAUUUGCUGGACGAAGAGACUAACCUGCCUCGUGUGCAGCCACUGUUCGUUACUGUUGACCCUGAACGAGAUGACACGGCCACUAUGGCAAAAUAUGUCAAAGACUUUCACCCACGACUGAUCGGACUGACCGGUACACCUGAGGAGGUAAAGGAGGUUGGCCAGACAUACAGGGUGUAUGCCAGUGCCGGGCCAAAGGAUGAUGAUGGUGACUACAUUGUGGAUCACACUAUCAUUAUAUACCUUAUCAACCCAGAUGGACUUUUCCUGGACUACUACAACCGAGCGAAAAGUGCCACACAGAUUGCAGAAAGUGUUCGUAAUCACAUGAAGAAUCAUGUUCCAUUAUUCUCUGACUGAGAAAAAUGUAAUGAUACAUAAUUGUGUAGGUGUGUAAAUAAAAUUCACCUGCAUCCUGUUAAAAAAGGAACUUCUCAAAAAGAGUUUUAUUUUAUGCAAAUAAAAGCAACAAAUUUGUUUUAAAUAUGGACGCUUGAUCCUAUCAGAAUUAUAUAUGGUCUAUGGAUAUUUAAUUCACUAGUGCUGGACAUAUGUUAGGGUGUGGGUGUUAUUUUGUAUAUUUAUGCACCCCACAAAUGCUAUAACUGUUUUAUUGUGUUGUGAUAAAAAUAAACAUACUAGGCUUUUCUGA